AUGGCGCCGCAGAGGAAGCGCGGGCCCAGCGCGGGGCGCCGGCCGGGCGCGGCGGGGGACGGCGCCGAGCCGCCGCUGUCGGAGCGCGGGCAGUACCUGCAGCGCGAGUACAAGCUGCUCUCGGAGCAGCUGGACGCCUGCGAGGCGCGCGUGGACCGGGCGCUGCAGGCGAACGCCUUCCUGGAGCGCGAGGCGGUGCGCUUGCGCGAGGAGAACCGGCUCUACGCCAGCUACGUGGGCGCGCGCGCGCAGCGCUGCGCCCAGGCCGUCGUCCGCCUGGACGAGCAGCACCGCGUGGACCUGACGCAGCUGCACUGGCAGCGGGCCGAGCUGGCCUCGCUGUACCGCGGGCGCGAGGACGGAGUGCGCGCGCAGCUGCUGGAGAUGGAGGCGCGCGCGGCGCGGAUGGCGCGGCAGGUGCAGGAGCUGCAGCCCUACAAGGAGCUGCAGCUGGAGCAGUUGGCCCGGAUCCGGGCGCUGGAGCGCGAGCUGCUGCACAUGCGCGUGGAGCACACGCAGCUGCUGCACCGCGUGAAAGGGCGCUUCCUGGAGGACAAGGCGGCCUUCGAGCGCGAGGCGCGUCAGCGUGUGCAGUCCCUGGCGCGACGCGCGGAGCGGGAGGCGGCGCGCGCGCUCAUCGUGCACACGCAGGCCAUCAAGGCUGACAACGGGCGCCUGCGGCAGGAGCUCCUGCGGCUCCUUCGCUGGGCCCAGCUGCUGCAUGACACGCGGCGCCAGCUGCUGGAGCAGCGUGAACAGCUGCGGCGCGAGCACGAGGACACGCGGGAUCUGGCGCGUGUGCAUGGCUGGCUGCGCCGGGGCCCCGACGGCCCGCCGCUGUGGCAGCCGCCGCCGCCGCCCGCCCCACGUCUCGGGUCCUUCGCCCCCUCCACAGCCCCAUCGCGCGUGGCUCCCCGGGCCCCGUCGCGCGCGGGCUCCGGGUCAUUGCUCCCAUCGCAUCUGCUCCCCAAGGGCAGAGGAAGUGGGCCACACCAGUAUCCUCGCACCAGGACUGACAGAGACGGACACCGCCCGCAUGGACAGAUGGUGCCAGAGCAUGACAGGAGUCCAGCUGGCCAGGAGGACCUGGGCAACCCCGUGUUGUAG